CAAACAUUUGACGUGACACUUUUCUUAAGAAUUUUCUUAAUCUAAAACACCACCCCAGUCAAAAGAAAGCCAAUAACAGUAUGACCAUAGUAGAAUCCAGCAUUGGACUUGUACGGCAGCCAUCAGUGUAUAUUUCUUAUAGAAGCUUUACACAAAACCCCAAAACAUAGCUCUUGAUCCUUAAUUCCUUAGUCUAAGGACAUUAGCUAUAGAGUAGUAGUAAUCUGCCAUGUUUUUUCUUCCUAACAGAUGAGCUAAAUAUAUACCAAGAAAAAACAAAGAGACACACAAAUCCAUUGGAAACAGAGUAACAUACUAUAUUCCAACAAGAAAUUGUUCAGUGCAAAAAAAAAAAAUAAUGAACUUACAAGGAUUACAAAUUGGGUAAUGUACAUACAAAUCUAUGUUGUGACCAAUUCAAUGAAAUAUGACUUAAUUUUGACAUUUCAUGUUAUAUAUAAUAUAUACCGUACUAUACCCUAACAUUUUAAUACCCAAGUUUUAAAUUUCUUGGCGACGAAGGGUCAAGCGGAUAGGGUGGUGAGCAGCUGCUGCUUCGUCUUCCUCCUCCAUGGAGGGACAAAGAGAUUAGCUUCUGCAUUGCGGUGGAGGAUGUCGGCGAUGCCCACCUUCCACCUCGCCCCGGACCUUCCCGUCUCCCGCCUCUGCUUCGGUCUGGGACGAUGACGAUGGGGGAGCAGAGCGGGCUGCCGGAGUCGCUGCGCCUCCUCGACGCCGCCUUCGACGCCGGCGUCAACUUCUUCGACUCCGCCGAGAUGUACCCGGUCCCACAGCGCAGCGAGACGCAGGGGCGCAGCGAGGAGUUCCUCGGCCGCUGGCUGCGGGCCCGCCGGGCCCCACGUGACAGCGUCGUCCUCGCCACCAAGGUCGCGGGGCCUUCCGGGCAGAUGACGUGGAUCCGCGAUGGGCCUCUGUCUCUUGAUUUGUGCAACAUCACGGAGGCGAUCGAUGGCAGUCUGCGGAGGCUGGGAGUGGAUUACAUUGAUCUUUACCAGAUACAUUGGCCUGAUCGCUAUGUUCCAAUGUUUGGGGAUACAGAGUAUGAUCCAAGCCGUCACUAUGUAUCAGUUCCAAUAGAAGAACAGCUAAUUGCUCUUGGAAGAGCCAUAGAUGCUGGCAAGAUUAGGUACAUUGGCCUUAGCAAUGAAACACCAUAUGGGUUGAUGAAGUUCCUUCAUCUGAGUAGAAAUUCCCAACUGCACAACAAGAUUCUAACAGUGCAAAACUCGUAUAACCUGCUAUGUCGAAAUUUUGAUUCUGGGCUAGCAGAAUGCUGUCACCACGAGAGAAUCAGCUUGCUAGCUUACAGCCCAAUGGCCAUGGGUAUUCUUUCAGGGAAGUAUUACUCGUGGGAUGAUGGCGGCCCAUCAGAUGCAAGAAUGAAUCUUUUCAAAGGAAGAUACUCUGAAGGCGAAUCCAGAUAUAAUCUUCAGAACCCGAAAAUGAAAGCUGCUGUGAAGGAAUACACAAAAAUUGCUGCUAAGCAUGGGAUUUCUCCAGCAAUUCUAGCAGUUGCGUUUGUUCUGAGGCACCCCCUUGUGGCAUCGGCUGUUUUUGGCGCAACCAAAAUUUCGCAACUCACAGAAGUUCUUCAGGCCACCAGGGUUCAUCUCUCGGAGGAAAUUGUUGCAGAGAUCAAUGAAGUUCAUGCUAGAUAUCCCAACCCUUGCCCAUAAGAAGUUUCAGAACAUAGUAGUCACCUACAUGCAUCUCUGUUUUUCUUCUUCUUUUUAUGUAGAAUUACAAUGCAAUAUGAUCAUUAGUGAGUAACAACUAGCAGUUUUUGCCAGAGAUGAAUUCAUUCAACUUGUCCUAUUGUUUUUGCCUAGAAGUGAUUAUCUGAUAAAUACAGUGACUGCUAUGUAAGUAUGAAUCAAGAAUGAUUGUUGCAAAAGUGGAUAGAAAGAAAAGAGACAGCUUCUAC